UACGUUCUCAAUCUUUUAUAUAUAUACAUAUUUUAUAGGUCCUCCAAUCCAAUAUCCCCCUUUUAGUACUUCUUUGCAGCCCUAGCUGCUCCCAUACCUACCUAUAAUCACCUUAUCACCGCCAUGGCUGACGGAAAACGCGUAGUAGAUUCGGACAAAGUCUACACCGUCCUCAUAACCAACGAAGCCUACCUACCCGGCCUCUUCACCCUCGACUACUCCCUCCGCAAGCAUGGCUCCCGCUAUCCCCUCGUAGCCCUCUACACCGACACCGUUCCCGCCUCCGCCCAUGAAGCCAUCGACCGCCGCGGCAUCCCGAAACAGCGCAUCGAGUACCUCCUGCCCACCAAGGGGCGGGACUACUCCAACGACCCGCGCUUCUACGACUGCUGGUCCAAGCUGACCCCCUUCAGCCUGACCCAGUACACCCGCGUCGUCCAGCUCGACGCCGACAUGCUUGUCCGCCACAACAUCGACGACCUCAUGACCCUGCCCCUGGACGACCCCGCCGUCUCCUCCGACCCGGCCAACCAGUCCACCAGCAGCCGCGUCUUCGCCGCCGGCCACGCCUGCGUCUGCAACCCGCUCCGCAAACCCCACUACCCGCCCGACUGGCUCCCCUCCAACUGCGCCUUCACCACCCAGCACCAGACCCCGGACCUCGCCCAGCACACGGGCCCGGACCCCACCACCGACAGCCCCCUCGGCUACAUGAACGGCGGCCUGCAGGUCGUCAACCCGUCCAAGGCCCUCUACGCCCAGAUCCUCGACCACAUGGAGCGCGGCGCCGCCAACAUGGACUUCGCCGACCAGAGCCUCCUCAGCGACCUCUUCCGCGCCCGCUGGGUCGCCCUCCCCUACGUCUACAACGCCCUCAAGACCCUCCGCUGGCCCGGCGUCCACGACGCCAUCUGGCGCGACGACCGCGUCCGCGUCGUCCACUACAUCCUCGCCCCCAAGCCCUGGGAUGAGCGCGGGCCGGACGGCCGCUGGAACGGUCCCGCCAACCCGGACGACGACGUCACCCAUCGCUGGUGGGCCGAGUACGAUGCCGAGAGGAGGGCUGCCGAGCGGGACCGCGGGAUCGAUGAUGGGUUGUAGAGACGAGGGGCGGCUGGCUCGGUCUGCUGUCUUCUGAUCCUCUUCUUCUCCCUUUUCUUUCCCUUGCUUUUUCCUUUUCCUUUUUUUUUCUUUUCCUUUUUUUUCUUUUCAUAUAUAUAUAUUUAUUGUUUUGGCUUAUUCUUUCUCGUUGGAACGACGCGUAAAAUUCAGUUGGAUAAUGAACAAUCUCCACACACGUAUAGACUCCCAGGCAUAGACGAACCAUCAACAUAAUCCGCGCAAACUAUACAUAUUUAUAAAUGUAUAUAUAUAUCCUGUCUGUCAUUCUGCGAUUCGUCUCUACGCACAUCUCAAUCUAAGCCAAGUGCUUCAAGCCUCCAACUCCACCACCCAUAAUCACUUUGCAUGCCUAGACAAAGCAAAACCCCCAGGACCAAAAGAAGAGCAACUACUUCAAACGAGCGACCGUGCCAUCCUACACUCUUCCGCCCCCUUUCUACCUCAGGCCAUGCUCGUCA